AUGAAAGGAAAGUUUAUAUCUGACAGAGCCACUAGAAACAACGUCGUUUCUCGAUUGAAAGCUGCAUAUGAGAAACCCCAGCAGGAUAAAGAUAUGACUCUAACUUGUUCGAAAGAAAAGGGGACCAGUUCAGCCUCUACAGCAGCUUCAAAGAAGAAAGUAGGCGGAUUUUUGUGGGGUGGGGGGCGGAAAAAGAAUCAGGGUUCCUUACGGAGAGAAUCAAUCAAGGAAGAUGAACCCUCUGAGAUUAUAAUUGAAGAAGUCUUGGAGGAAGAUUUUGAUGAAGAAGUGAUUGAAGAGGUUAUAGAAGAGGUCCUUGAAGAGCCACACUCUCAAUCAGGAUCCAUGCCAUCGCAUCGUGGCCGCAAUCACUUGAUGUUCGAUCAGCUGCUCAUAAAGGCUCAUGGAAAAGAAGCGGAUCUAGAUGAGUAUGAAUACGAGUAUGACGAAGUCGAAGAAGAUACUCAACGAACUAGUCGCGAUUUGACUACUUUUCGCACAGUUUCAAUGUCAAGGCGAGCACUAUUCAGCAAAGGCAAUGAUGACUACGAUGCCAUAAAGCAAUCGUUUCGAGACAUGCACAAAUCAAGACGAGCGGCCAUGAUGGAUCUGAAGACAUCCACUAGGCACAUGGCAACUAGUAUCCGAACGUUCGACGUUCGGGAUGAAAUAGACGAAGAUGAUGAAGAAUGGGAAGACCAGAUAAUCGAGAAAUGGUUUCGUCGAGAAGCCCUGCCAGAUGACUUGUCCACAGCAUGCAGAGAAUUAAUACCCAUUGUCUACAAAGGCCAAGAUGUGAAUCCAGAAGUGAUGAUAAGGCGCACGCCCCUCCCCGAAUUAUACAAGUACUUGAAACAACAUUUGGAUUACAAGCAAAUGAAGACAAAUUCGAAUCUGAAUAAGUUUGAUAAACUGUUUGGAGGAUCAGACGAUGACGGCUUCGAAGAGGAAGACUCCGACGAGGAGACCGUUGAAAUUGAUGAUGACCUCUUUUGUAAGGGUUUAAAAGCAAACAAAUUCAAAACAAGCUCCAACAAGAAAUCGACGGCAUCAAACAACUCAAAUCUAAGCAAUAAAGCAAAAUUUGAAAGUCUCCUUCGUCAAGUUCAUCAAGAGAAAGACAACGACGAGGAGGACGAUAGCGAGGCGGAAGAAGAAGAAUACUACGAGGAAGAGGAAAUUAUAUCGGGUGAUUCCGCCGUAGAGAUUGGGAAAAAGGACAAUUUGGCGCUUUUCGAAAGUAUGACAGGUGAUUUCGAAGAGGAAGUACUUUGA